AUGGCGUUCCUGUCACAUUCGUAUAGACGGAAUAGUAUUAGCUUGCCGGAAUUGCAGGCGACCAAGGGUUCAAGGUUUUUCAGGAAACAAACUACUUGGAAAAAAUUGCUUUGGGUCAAGCAAGAUUAUGACGAUGAUUACACUGAUAGCUCCUUCCUUUCUCAGCUGAAGAGGAACUCAACCGUGGUGAACUACUCCUACUGGAAGCUAUUUAGAGAUUUUUCGCUUGUUAACUUGCAUCUUUCUGUCAUAAUGUGUGUCAUUCUCGUUUUUUAUGGGAUGUACAUGUUACGUUGGGAUCCUGUUAGACCCAUCAUACUGAGUUCCGCACUCACUUUACUAGGAUUCAUAGUCUACGUGGUCACCCUUAAAAUUAGAAGAAACAAAGAACUUAUCAGACUACAACACUGGAAGAUUCUCCAGCUAACAAGUAGUAGAGAAUCAGGCUCUGCUGCUGCUCAUUUGGACCUUGAGAAGUAUAUCACCGAGCCUGCCUCUCCAGGACUCAUAAGUGCUUUCAAAUCGUCAAUGCUCAUAUUGCUGCACCUACUUACAUUAUCUCCUGUCUUGAAAUCACUCACAAAUUCAUCUGCAUCUGAUUCUAUCUGGGCUAUAAGUGCCUGGCUAUGUCUUCUCAAUGUUUUAUUCAACGAUUAUGUCAUCGAUUUUCCACAGAAGCAGAGAUUUCCAGAAUUAGGUGCUGUAGCUACUACUGCCAAUGCAGCACCAGUUCUUCCCAAAAUCGGUUCUCAUUCAAACAUGUCCAAAAACAUAGCACUCUCCAAUGCCAUUGUUUUGGCAUCCAGACUGAACUCCAAUCUCUCGGCCUUUUGCUUUAUUCUCUUCUCUAUAGAACUUUGUGGACUCUUUCCUAUAUUCAAUAAUUUCACACGACGCUGCCAAUUCUGGGUUUUCCACUGGCUUCAGGUUGGUACCAUAGUCUUCGGUGUUUCCUAUGCUAUGUAUAGGAUAUUUGGAACCGGCUGGUGCAUUUGUUGGCUAAGCUUACACCUACUUAUUGUUGUGGUGGGACCUCUAUAUUUCAUUGCUUUGCAGAAGUAUAAAGACGAGCUUCAAGGACCCUGGGACCCUGCUCAUCCUGUUGUCAAAAGUAUUCAAUAA